AUGGUAAAUAGUCAAUAUACAGAACUAAAAGUAGAAAUAAAUAUACCUACAAAUCAACGUGGAUAUUUGGAUCCAACAGCUUAUCCGCCCUUAGAUCAACCACCACCCACUAAUUCAUCUUUUGUUCAAGAGUGGGCAAAGAAAACUGAUUGGAAUCAAGUGCCGAAUUUUCGAAAUACAAUUCCAGGAAAUUGUGGCGAUAUUGAACCGGACGCGUGUAACUGGACAUGUCAAAAGUGUGAACGACCUUCUGACAUUACCGUCUGUCCUAAAAAGGAAACAUGGGGAAUGAGCUACGAUGAUGGACCUUCUGUUUAUACACCAAAAGUACUGGACUUAUUGCAAAAAUACUCUUUACAUUCGACACUUUUCGUGGUUGGAUCGCGUGUAGUACAACAUCCGUUGACAUUAAUUGCUGCUUAUAGAGCAGGUCAUCAUAUUGCUCUAACAAGUUUGGAUAAUUUAACGAUUGUCGCGGAAUUACAAUGGACACAAAAGAUUAUUUAUGAUGUGUUGGGUGUCACUCCUAUUUAUAUGAGACCGCCUUUUGGUGAUAUUGAUGAUCGCGUUCGUAGUAUCGCUGCUCAACUUGGAUAUAUAGUUUCAAUAUGGACUCGGGGAUUCGACACUCAAGAUUGGCAACUCCACGGACACAAAGAAAAUUCACCACAAGUAAUCACAAACUACAACUCUUUCCUAUAUAAUUCCACGACGAUGAACACUGGAUUCAUCGUAUUGCAACAUGAUCUUUGGUCCGAGACAGUACAAAUAGCGGUCGACGUGAUUCUUCCGACUGCCGUAAACACUCCAAAUAUACAAAUAAUGUCGAUUACAGAGUGUCUGAAUGAUGGAAAACCAUAUAAAGAAGGAGCCGCUAAUCCAAACAAGCUCAAUACUUACUUGAAUCAGAGUGUUGAUGGGAUACGUCCGACUAUCCCUAUGGUGGUCAGUUCGGAUUUUUCUAUAAGGAAUUGUGGACUUUGGAUUCAUAAGAGCAGUUUAUUUAUUCUCGCUGUUCUUUUUGGAUUUUUGGCUUUGGAUUCUUUGUAA